GGCGAGCAACAGAUCUUCAGGGCGAAGGUCAACCAGCGCAAGCAGAUGACGGCUUCACGGGCCUACGCGAAGAGCUUCCUCGCGAAUGGCAUCGUGACUGGCGGCGUCACUGGCUCGAUGUGGCUCAAGAUGUCCAAGGGCAACGUGCCGCCGUGCUGGGCCAUCACGUGGGGCACUCGCAUAUGCGACACCUUCUACCCCAUGGCGGCCAAGCAUUCUGACAACAAGUUCGUGAAGUAUGCCAAGGAGAACGGGUUUUGCAACGUCAUCUUGUUGUCCGCCGACAUCGACCCGAAACACGAGGAGUGGGUGAAGACGUACCACAACAAGUUCCACGGUGGCAGCGAGGUUACGUUCGACGAGGUGGUCAACGACGCCUUGGAGCUUCGCAGCAUGUGGUGUGCGCACGCCUAUGACUCUGGAUUGAUCGAGCGCUCCCGUGACCAGGAGGGGGGUGGAUAUUUAUCUAAGAUGUGGAAUUUCCUUAAGGACCAGCCCAAAGCUUCGCAUUUCGAAGGGCACAAUAACAAGUUCUUGAAAGCAGGCCGCCUUGGUGACAAAUUGGUGAAGCUCAAGGUCAAGGACUCCGUGAGUGAGAUGCUUGGCGAGUACUGCGACUACCUGAACAAAGAUUUCCAUAUCCAUGCCGUCAUCGGCAACAUGCACGACGUGGUGAAGAUAAUCAUGCUCAGGCUGAAGGGCUCCACGCCAGAGAAGCUCAUUGCGAACCUCGUGUACGAGUCGAUGAAAUUCAUCGCCCCCUUGGCCAGCGACGACGACGACAUCAAGGCGCCGUGGGUAUUCGCUCCGAAGGCGCCCAUCAGCCUUCAGCACUUGCUUGACCUGCUGGUCUACCCCGUCGAGGGGGCGAAGGUGCUCAGCCUCAUUUCCGUGCCGCCUGUCAUGAGCGAGGAGGCCAAGGCGAAGGCGACGGCCGCGCCGAAGAAGGGCCCGACGCGCAGGAAGCUCCAGCAGAUGGGCGACUCCGUCGAGCCGCCCAAGAAGCCUGCUACCGACACUUUCGGUCAGCGUGUGCUUGCAUUGUAA